ACUUAAUGUAAAACAAUGAUAAUAUCUGUUUCAGCUUCAACCACUACAACUCCAGUAACGAUAGAAACCACAACAGGACCUUAUGUUACUACCAAUGAGCCGCCUUCUCCCGGAACAACUACAUCACCAGGUUCCACUACAACUCCGGCAAACUUAUGUGCAAACAUGCCAGACGGAACCUUCCUCUCUGACCCAAGCGACUGCAGUAAAUUCUACGAGUGUCUUUAUGGAAAAGAGAUUUCUGGAACCUGUCCUCUAGACCUUCUUUGGAACGAACAGAAACUUACUUGCGAUUAUCCUGAAAACGUAGUUUGUAAUAAGUAAAAUACCUUUACUGUGUACUUUUGAUCUGCAGUUUAUAUGCAACAAAUAAAUAAAUAACUCUGGA